UCAGCUUCCAGCGCAUCGUUCUUCUCCGUGCUCGCCAGUGGGUUGCUGACAGAGAUGGUAGUGGCCGCCGCGGCCGCACUCUACCUCGCUGUAAAGCCCCUGCCCCUCGUCCUCGUCCUCGUCCACCACAGCCGCCCCGCGCCCUCCUCCGCGCUCCGCCUCCCCCGCCGAACCGCCAGCGCCUGGCUGCCGCGCUUCCCCUCCUGCUCGACCUCAGCGCCGCCGCCGUUCGCAGCCGUCGCAUCCAUGGACGCGCCGCCCCAGGGUUACCGCACCAACGUCGGCAUCUGCCUCGCCGACCCAUCCCUCACCAAGAUUUUCUCGGCUUCUAGGAUCGACAUUCCUAGCGCGUGGCAGAUGCCUCAGGGUGGUAUAGAUGCAGGGGAAGAACCAAGGGCGGCUGCCUUCAGGGAAUUGAGAGAAGAAACUGGUGUCACAUCCGCAGAGAUCGUGGCUGAGGCUCCUGUCUGGUUAACAUAUGAUUUCCCCAUGGAUGUGAGAACCAAGCUGAAUGCCAGGUUUUUAUUUAGGCUUACUGGAAAUGAUGAUGAGAUUAACCUUAAUGGUGAUGGAUCUGAGAAGCCAGAGUUUGGUGAAUGGACAUGGAUGACUCCCCAGGAAGUUAUUGAAAAGGCAGUUGAUUUCAAGAAACCUGUAUAUGAGGAAGCAUUGAAACACUUUGCCCCCUACCUACAGUCAGAUCCCGCCGCUUCAUCAUAGAAGAUUCGACCAAUUUGCAUACAUUAUAUUUUUUUUUUAUUUGGAAACUACCCUGCUGUAUCUGGACCCCCAAUAAUUUGACACGACGCAUUGGAGCCAUGGAGGUGUGCUACAAUUUGAUAGUGUGUGGCCUGUUUCAGUGAAUUAUAUAUGCCAGCAUUGGAUCCU